AUGUCGGAAAUGGACAGUUUGAAAUUGCUUCAGUUGGAAAUGCUGGCAAAUGCCGUUAUUAAUUCGCCAUCUGAAGUGAAUCAGUCAACGACACCAACCCAAUCUAACUAUGGCAGUGAGAAACACAGUCCUUCAAACCUUGAUAUUAUGAAUGAUGAAGGCUUUUCAGCAGACGAGAAUAAAAUUGUUAGUAACAAUGUCAAUUGUAAUGGGGAAGAUCAUGAGGUUGAACCAGCCUUCAUGUAUGAGCCUCAACAAGAAAAUAUUUCUUCAAGAUCCUUAUUUGAGUCACCGAGAAAUCUCUUUUGUCAAAAUGAAUUGGUAAUCGUUGAAAAUGUAAAAACUGAACCGCCCGACCUGGGCUUUUCAGAUGAUGAGACUGGAGAGCAAGGCAAGAUAGAAUCAAUUGAGAAUGACAUUACAAACACCAUAUCUCAGCUGGUUGAUAAUAUCAAUGAUGAUCAGUUAGAGACCAAUGAAACUGCUUAUGAAGAGAGUGUACGCAGCAGGCAAUAUGUUAAUAACGUUGAAAAUGGAAAUGUUUAUUAUGAAUUGUCAGAUUUAUUAACAAAUGAUGAAAAACUUAGACAAAAUUGUUUUGUAAAGUUGGUUGAUUGCAAAGGAAUUUUAAAUUUAGAUAAAUUAAAUUUGAUUCCAUUGUGUGUUGAAAAAAAGAGAAAACUUAUGGACAAAGCAACUUUGGAGUCAAGCGAUAAAGUUAAACAGUUUAAACUUAGCAAUGAUUUUAACACAGUGCAAAAUGAAUUAGAUAAUAGAAGUGUUAUUCAAACAAAACUGAAUGUAAGUUGUGGUGAGAAGUUGAGCACUGUAGUACCAUCUUUUAUUUCAACUAUCUCUACGAUGACAAGUUCAUCUCAUCUCUUAUCAAACAAGAAAGUUAAAAAAUUUAGUUCUGAGAAAAGUGAUUUGAAUCCAUUGAAAAAUAGUAACAAAGUAAUAACCUCUUUAUCAACAUCAUCGACAGUAUCGUCAAGUAUUGGAUUUGUAGUAUCAUCGCCAUUAUCAACUGCAUCAACUACAUCAACUACAAAAACAUCACUUGUAACAUCCACACUACAUUCCACCCCCUUCAAAUCUCGUUCAAAUAUAUUUUCUAUAUUAACCCCUGCAAAAGAGAUAGAGGAUUCUAGCUAUGCAACAAAUUGUAUGGAAAAUAUGACAGUUUCAUCAACAUCUCUGUUGACCUCCAAAAGUUUUUCAUUUUCUGGUUGGUCAUCUUUGAGAACGACACUGCAAAUGUCAUCAGCAAAAUGUAACAAAAAGAAGUACCAACCUGUUGUCAGAUUGAAAAAUUUGACAGAUUUUGAUGUAAGUAAAAUAUGUCAGCAGCUGAAAAAUAGUCCUAAUAUAUAUACUGACAGAAAUGACUCAAAACCAUUAUCAACAUCAUCUUCGUUUAGUGAGGAACUAAAAACAAGUAUAAUAUUUUCAGCAAUCGUUUCCACUACGUCAAAUGUUGAUAAUUUUGACAAAAAUUCUCAUUUGAGUAAGAAAACUGACACAUCUAAUAAGCCAAAGAUCAAUCCACCCUCACAAACACCUCAAUCAAAGCAUCCAGAAGUUGAAAGUACGAAAAAGCAGGACAAGAAGAUGAGGCCAUCUUUAGAUAAGAAAUCCAAAUAUUCAUCUAUAUCCUCAUCCAAGUCAAAUAGGAGAGAAGUGAAUGAAAAGAAAACAAAGGAAGAAGAAGUGUUAAAGAAGCUUCAAGACACCAUACGUAUUAAACCCGUCAAACAGCAGUCGUCCAACCAAGUCAAACGAAUUCCGAAGAUUAAUCAGAUGCUGACAGAAGAAGAUAAAGCUCGUAGUGUGCUAGCUAAAAUUGAUACAGCCGAACCAUUAGAGUUCAACAGUAAAUACCAGCCAGCAAUAAGAGGUAGAGUUCAGAGCUAUGGCCAGGCAAACAACUACCAGAAUACUGGCUACAGGGAUAGAUUCAAUUUUUACAAGAAUGGAGGAGAUGGAGAUCGGUCAUCUGGUUGGAGGAGAAACUACGACAAGUCCAGAGAUGAUGAUGGCAACAAACUCAACAAACGUUUGAAUGAUUUGAGUGCAAUGAACCGACAGUACAUUAAUAACAACAGAUUCAACUCACGUGACAACUCAACGAGCAGCAACAAACCACAGCCAUAUAAUUGGUUUGAUGAUUUGCCAUAUGGUGAUGGAUGUGAUGAUGAUGGUGACCGUGAUGAUGUCGAUAACAAUAAGAACAGCAGUACGAAAUCGACUGUCAGUGAUAACAAGAAAUCACAGAGAUAUAAUUGGUUCAACGAUUUAUCGACUGAUGCUGGGUGUGAUGAUGGCGAAGCAGACUAUGAUAAUGCGGACAAGAAUAAUAAUAAGAGUAGCAAUGCUGUCAGAAGCAACAAUAACAGGAUGCCAAUUGAAAGUGAUGACAGUACUAAGGUGAACACUAUUGACAACAACAAACCACAAAGAUAUAAUUGGUUCAGUAACUUACCAUUUGAUGCUGGAUUCGAUGAUGGUAAAGCUGGCUAUGGUAGCAUCAACAAGAAUGAUAGCAGGAGUGGUUCCUAUGGUAACAACAAUAAAAUUGUUACUGCCAAUAAUAGCAAUAAUAAUAAAAUUAAUGCUUUAAAGAAUGAAAAAGAUGAUAAAGUGAACUCUGUUGAUGAUAACAACAGCAGCAGACCUCAGCGAUAUAAUUGGUCCAGUGAUGCCUCUUUUGACAUUGGAUUUAAUGAUGACAGGGCUGAAUAUGGUGCUGGCAACAAGGAUAACAGCAUGCUCAUGAAGAACAAUAAGACAGGCAGCAUCAGCAGUAACAUCAACAACAAAGCAAAUGCAAUCAAUAAUAACAUCAACAACUAUGUGAAUCCUGUCAACAAUAACAAUAAACAACAGAGAUAUUAUCGACUCAAUAAUUUAUCGUCUGGUGUGGAAUGUAAUGAAGAUAAGGUUGACUACAGUACUUUCAACAAAAAUAGCAGCCCAUUUAGUAACAACAGUAAGAUGAGUGGCAUCAACAAUAAGGUCGAUACUGUUCACAAUAACAUUAAUAGCCAUCCUCUUAAAAAUAAUGAAAUCGAUUUAGAUAAAUCUCUCAAAAGAAAAUUUUUAGAUGCAUUUAAAGAAAUUUUAAAAAAAGAUGAUUCUCUAAACUUCCAUACCAGACGGCAGGUCUCAGAUAUCUGUCUCCACAUUCAAGAACAAAUCAGGUGUGCCCUCAUGUUUGAUUUAUAUUUUACUUUUCUUUGA